ACAACAAUAUGCAUUCAACCCCAUAUGGCACCCAGAACUCGCAGCAAGAAACAUUUAAAUCCCAUUCACUUUUCACAAUGUUUCCUAGGAACAUCUGCAGAUUAUCUUCAACAAAGUUUGUACAGCUCCGAUUUGUUUGACAAUGUGCGUUUUGGCAGCGGAAAACUAAAUAAAUCAGUUCGCGCAUGCGCGUACCUUGUUAGCAUGGGUUUGGGCUUGGCUGGUUGGUUGGUUGCACAUUUUCAAAUUGGUGAUCUGAAGAACAAAAGUUUUUCCUCUAAAAGGCAAAGGCUGGGGAAAAACGAGCAAAACAAAAAAGAAGAAGAAAAAAAAAAGGUGAUUGAAACAAAGAGACGACAAACAAAAAAAAAAAUAAUCGCGAAUCACUCAUUCGCUCACUCACAAUCACCACUGGCCGGCCAGCCGGGCCGAUCCGAUGAAGAAAUCAUCCGCAUUUAAAGCGAAAAAAGAUCACCAAACCAGAUCUUUCAAAUCUUUUAGAUUCGAGGAAAACCAACAACAACGACGACGAUAAUGAGUGGACGACGAACAACAGUUCGAUUGGGGUUCUUCUAAAGAGAAGUGGUCACAACAACGCACCAAAUGAAAUGAAAAGCCCCGUUGUCGUUAAGAGCAUUACCAUUACCAUCAUUCGAGCCAUGUUUAAGAUGUAUACCCUCCAUCAUCCGUAUACAGAAGCUGCUACCAAGAUUGCUGAGCAGUUGAGAUGGUGUCUGUGUGUGUAUAUAUGUGUGAGUGAGUCUGGGUUUCGCAGAUAGAUGGCCAUUGUGUGGCAAGAUUGACAUUCCUUCGAAUAUAAAAGUGGAAACUUCUUUCAGAAUGCAUCUCAAACCAAACUUAGAUAUUUGCUAGCUAACAGCAAUAGCAGAAACACAGCUCCGAGCUUCUUAGGUUUCCUUGCAACCGACAGACAACCAAAUAAUCACUGAUCAUGUUUAAAAAGGUGCUCUUAGUGCUCAGUAUGUCCUUGUCGAUGGCCAUUUCGGUGCCUGUGCCUGGUGGCAUUGGUCAUGGAUAUGCCGCCGCACCGGCGAUUUCGUAUGCCGCGCCCGCAGUUUCGUAUGCCGCUCCUGCAGUCUCAUAUGCCGCUCCUGCAGUUUCAUAUGCCGCUCCUGCAAUUACCUAUGCGGCGCCUGCUAAGGUGGCCGUUGCAGCCGCUCCCGCAGUUGUUGCAGCACCCGCCAAGGUAGCUGUUGCCGCCGCCCCUGCCAUUGUAAAGGCAGUGGAACCAGAGCCAUACGAUCCCAAUCCACAAUAUAGCUUCUCUUAUGGAGUUUCCGAUCAUUCCACCGGGGAUUCGAAAUCGGCCCAUGAAUCACUGGUUAAUGGUGUGGUACAUGGAAGCUAUUCACUGACCGAAGCUGAUGGUUCCAUUCGUAAGGUAACCUACACAGCGGACCACAUUAAUGGUUUCAAUGCCGUUGUGGAGAAAUCUGGAGGUGCUGUUAUUGCCGCCAAACCCGUUGUGGCUGUGGCAGCUGCCCCUGCUGUUGCCAAGGUAGCUGUGGCCGCUCCAGCUAUUACCAAGGUUGCCUACGCUGCUCCAGCUGUCGCUGCUGCUCCCAUUGCCGUUGGCCAUGGUUACAGCUAUGGCGGCUAUCACCACUAAGUCAUCACGCCGCCCCCUCCAAUCCAAAGCCCUUAACGCCCACCUUCAAUGCAUAACCAUAAAAAGGCAGUUCUAGUUACCAAUGUUGGGAGUGAAAUGCAGCCGCAUCCAUUAUCUCAGCCCAACCAAAACGACGACGACGAAGCACAACGUAUUCCGGACUUUGAUGUGAUCCAACCCUUCGAAGAUGGGACAGGCAAAUUGUCUCGUCGUAAAAGUUUAUAGUUUUUAAGUGUGUGUUAUUAACUUAUUUGUUUUUGUUUCUAGUUUCAUUACUCACGUACUUUCUCACUCUACUCAUAGAUAGCAUAUUGUUUCUCUGUCUCCUACUCCUGCUCCAACUCCAACUUAACUCUGUGUGAGCUUUGCUUCUCAUUUGCAUGUGACAGGAUACUACUCGCUCGCCGCUCUCUCUCUCUCAUCUAGCUUUGUCUUCGCUUGCAAAUGAGUCGAUACGCUUAAAUAAGAAAUUCAGAUAUGAAAGCGAGUCCGCCAGAUAUGUGUGGGUGAGACAUUGAUUGUCUUGCCAAAGGACCGCUUAGAGGAUUUAAUAUUUAUUUUUUGUUUUUCGAAAAAUUUGAUUCUUUCUGCUCAUUAUUGUUGUUGUUAUUUUUUUGUGUAAAUAUUUCAUGGAUACAUGUCUGCAUCAUGCACGCAUGUAUUUCCUUAUUAUCAUCAUCAGCCGCCAUGUAUCCAUAUAGGAAUUUAUUGUAUCUGCAUAUGUGUAAGUGUACAUAUGUAACAAUGAUUAUUAUGUGAGUGUGUUUUAGCAUGUAAGUGACUCGUAUUUCUCGUAGAUAGAAUUUU